AAUUCGCACGCAGCAAACACGAAAUUCGCACGCGAACGAGUAUACCUUUUAGUCUUCUGGUAGUACUGCUGGCGUGCGCGACUCCGUAAUUUUUUUCUCUCCGUGUAUACAUCAGUAUCGUUGACCGAAAUUCGAGAGUACACAAACACUUGAUUACGAAGCGACAGCAACGACGCGGUAAAUCUCUCUCAACGGCUGCUCGCUAUCUUUUUGUUAUUGGCGUUCCGAUCGAGAAAUCAUCGUGACAGUUUCGACAAUUGAAGUGUAGUCAGUAGCAGCAGUAGCAGUCAUUAUUAAAUCCCGACCAGCGGUGCUAGCACGGGAGCCGAGGUUAAGAGUGAUGAGCGAACCGCUGCCGCACAUAAUCGAGAGCAUGGACGAUUUCGGUGGCAAGCCCAAGGACCAUCUCAUCACCAUACUCGACCGCAUGGAGAUGCACGUCGAGCAGCUGCGCAAGGAUGCCAUGAGGAUAGAGGAGGAAAAGGACAGUCUGCUGACGACCCUCGACACCCUGCUCAAUCACGAUCUCUUCGUCGGCCUCGAAGACACUGACAAGGAUGAUGUUAUGAGAUAUGCCGAAAGACUAUCCAUGAGAUGCUUAACAGUUGAUGUUCUUGUUAGAGUUCAACGUGAUAACGUACAACAGGAUGCUUUGCAUCAGGUUAAUGGACUUAUAGAUAGUUUAGUCGUUGGAUUGCAGAAUGAUCCUAGUGGUACCAGAUCUCGCUGUGCUUCUUUUAUGAAUGCAUGUUCAUCGCAUGCUGAUGGCCUAUCGGAUAAAAUAUUUGAGACUGCUAUAUUAGGGUGUACAUUAGAUGAUCAAAAGCGAAUAAAGAAAAGGUUGCAAGGAUUAUUAGAUUAUAUUGACAAAAAACACACCAUAACUUCAGAAUAAGAAUAAUUUGGAGAUUAAGACUUUGAUACCAUAUGCUUAAUGAACUAUUGAAUGUGUAUUUAAUUAAGCCCAUAUUUAGCAUCAGUGUUGAAAGUUCAUUGAUGUUUUAAGAUGUGAUGAUGUAAAGUAAGGUGGAACAAAAAAUUGUUAGAUAAUAUUGAUUAAUUUAUAAUUGUUUUGAAGCACUUGUAAUUUGUGAACAAUACUCAGUUGAGAGUAAAUUGAAUAGCAAAAUUUUUUAUAAUAUUCUUAAUUAUGUUUAUAUCAUCAUGAUAGAAAACAAGUGCUAGUCUGAUGGAUUAAUUCAGUGUUAAUAACGUUAUCGAAACAUUUGUAUUAAAUACAUUCCUGAAUUAAAAAUGUUGAUUUGACUGGAA